GGGCCCGAGACAGACAGCAUAUCAUUAUAUGAUCAUUGUAGAACUCGCCUGUCGUCCAAUACGUAUUUAAUAAUUUUUCUCGCGUUCUACGGACGCAUCGUAUAAUAGUGUUGUAAAACGAUUCAAUGACAUUCGACGGAACCCCGUCGUCCCCGUCCGUCCGAUACGGUCGUCGUUAACGUGCUCUCAUUGGAAUUUUUUUUUGUCCUGUUUUUAUCUUCACUUCGAACUAUGCCUCUGCUUGUAGUCACUUGACGUCGCAAAUACGCGCGCACCUAUUUCAUCCCGUACAGAGUGAGUAGUAUGUACAAUAUUAUGGCUGCUUGUGACUCGGGCACCGAACCGUACGAAAGCUGGGAAGCUCUGGAUGAUCCGUCCGUUCUCAACACACAGAUAAAAAAGAUGCAACUGGCUUCUGCUAAUAAAAAUGAAAACAAUAGCAAUGUUGUAAUAUUACCACCCGGCUUACAAUUGACGUACAGCCACCAACAGAUGACAAUUCCUCAGCAACCUACUGUUAAAAUACUUAAGCGACCACAGAAAAAUAAUUCUGCUAAUGAAAAUGCGGACAAACCUAAAGUACAAGUUAAAUCACUGGAACAAAGAAAACAAGAGUAUGCAGAAGCUAGACUACGAAUAAUGGGUGAAGAACGCGAAGAAGACCUCAAUGCCGACGAUGAAGGGGCUAGUUCUUCGGGAAGUUCAAAAUUUGAAGUACUUCGGCAAUCAAUAGUUCGUACAGCUGUAGCUGUUGAAGACAAUGUAAUUCGACAGCCACGUGGGCCUGAUAACACCAAAGGUUUUAAUCAUCGAAGCUAACCCUAACAAUUAAGGAAAUUAAAAAUAAAUAAUUUUAUAAAAUUAUUUCAAGUUUUUCAUAAUAAAUAUAUAUGUAUAUUAAC